AUGUUGUGGUGGCUACUUCUCCUGGCGGGGCUGGCCGAGGGGACCUUGCUGCCCGUGGUGCCCUACCGGCCUGUUCCUCUGGCGCGCGCUGCACUGGCCAUCCUCAAGGAGCAGGUGAGCCCCUCGCAGAGCACCCUGACGGUGAUGGAGCUCAAGCGAGAGGACGAGCACAGCGACCACGAUGAGGAGGACCUCAUGACUUCGGUGGUGACCGGCUUGGGGGACUCCAUGGCACUCAGGAUCUACCAGAAACUGCCCGACGAGAUCCCGUCCAGCCACGUCCUGUUCCUGGUCCACUCUGCAGAGUCGUUUGGAUCCUUGAACUUCAACUUCUCGGGGCAGCACAGCACGCGGGAGUACAACUUCCUGAUCCUGCUCACUCGACGCAUGUCCUCGCGACGCAACCGCCUCCAGGCCUUGCGGGAGAUAUCCAGGGCGUGUGUGCGUUUCCACAUCCUCAACGUCAUCCUCCUGUCCCAGAAGGUCAGCAGCGUGGUCCUCACCUACGGCUUCAAGAUCUACAACGAGAAAUGCGACCUCAACCUCAACCUGGAGCUGCUGGAUCGCUACGAAGGAGGGGCCUUCCGGAAGGACCGCAAGGAGAGGACCUUCGACCGGAUCCUGAGGAACAUGUCGGGCUGCCCCUUGAAGGUCAGCUGGUACCCCCUAGAGCCGUUUGUGUCCUUUCGGGGGAACACCAGUGACCCGGCGGAGCGGGCCCAGACCUGGCGACUGACCGGCAUCGACGGGGAGCUCAUCAAGCUGCUGGCCGAGAUCUUCAACUUCAGAAUCCAGCUGGAGGAGCCGUGCGACAAGUGCCUGUCGCACGACAUCAAGGACGGCUGCAGCGGCUGCUUCGACCAGAUGAUAAACCAGACGUCCUCCGUCUUGAUCGGCGCCAUGAGCGGCUCCCACCAGCACCGGGAGCACUUCUCCCCCACCACCGCGUACUACCAGAGCUCCUUGGUGUUCGUCCUCCACAUGGAGACCCAGUGGGGGGCGGUGGCCCAGCUGGCGGUGCCCUUCUGCGCCACCGUUUGGGUAGCACUGGUCGUGAGCAGCGUCCUCCUUGUCCUGCUGCUCUGCGUCUCCUGGAUGAUCAGAGAACAGGGCCCGGCAGACGUCUCCUCCCACUUCCUGCAGGUGCUGACCACCCUGAUAGGCAAUCCCCUGGUGUCCUGGCAGCUGCCGCGCAGCUGGAAGACGAGGAUGCUGUACGCCAUCUGGCUGCUGGUGGCGUUGGUCCUCCGGGUCAUCUACCAGGGCAAGCUGUUCGACUCGUUUCGCCAGCCGUACAGCAAGGCCCUGCCGGGGGACAUCUCCCAGCUGAUCGAGGGCAACUACACGCUGAUUAGCCAGGAGUACCUGGACUUCUAUCCCCGCAGUCUGACCGUCCUGACGCGCAACGGCUCCAAGGACCGCUUCGACCACAUCCAGGCCGUGGGUGAGCACGCACGACUCACCACCACGUCCCUGAUAUCCAGCAUGACCUUCUACAACCUGGCCAACUGGAGCACCAGCCGGCUGACCCACAUCAAGGAGCACAUCCUCCUCUACCAGCUGGUGAUCUACCUGCGCCGCCACUCGAUCCUGAAGUUCGCUUUCGACCGGAAGAUAAAGCAGCUGCAGUCCGCGGGAAUCAUUGGCUACUACGUCCGGGAGUUCGACCGGAGCCAGUACAAGGUGUCCGCGGUGCAGUCGCACGAAGUGUCUGCCCUCCGCAUCGAGAUCUUCUGCGGCUUGUACUACGUCUCCGCCAUCUGGCUCUCAGCAGCAGUCCUGGCCUUCGUCCUGGAACUGCUCAGCCUGAGGAUCACCUGGCUGAGGCGAUACUUUGAAUGA